AUGAGCCUGGUCCGCAAUCCGCCUUCUUCUUUUCCAUUCGAAGUUCCUGGUCAGAUGACCCCGAUGGUCCAAACAUUCAACCAUUUUGGCACAGUCACUUACUGCUCUAUGGGAUCUGAUCUGGGGCAGGAGAUCAUCCGAGCCACUGCUUUCGAUCUUGCCCUCGAAAAGCCUUACUUCAUGCAUGCGGUUAAUGGCGUGUCGGCUGCACACCUCUGCCAUCUUCUUCCCGCCGCUCGACAUCCAGUCCAACAUAAUCAGAGUCAGCUUGCUAAUUUCUACCACUUUCAGAAAGCAUUGCAGCUAUUUCGUGAUGAGUUAGCCGCUGGGGUCACGAAGGACAACAUGAAUGCCCUGAUAUCAACUGUGAUGCUGAUCUGCGUCCAUCAAUUUAUGCUCAACCAACCCCACCCGGAUCCUGGAAAAAGUUUCGUGUACGCACCAGCAGGACAGCGGCGGGAGUGUCUGAGAUGGUUGACGAUCCAGCACGGGUUCAAUGCGCUAUAUGCUGAACUAGGUGAAGUGAUCUGGGGAUCGGUCUGGAAUCCAGUUUUCACGGACUCGGACUUCAAGGAGCUCGCAUCGAUGGUCAUGACUCCAGAGGCAGGCGAUGAAACUCAUGCCUUGUUCCUUGAGCUGUGCGAGAUCACCCCGAAAUCAUCUACCCAGAACAACCCUUACUACGAGGCACUGGAGUAUCUCCUCUUCCUACGUCAAUUCAAACCCAGCAUGAAGACGUUCAACAAACUGGUCACGUUUGUCGCGGUGGUUGAAGGUGACUUUCUUCGAUUGUUGCUGUCCAGGGAGAAGCGAGCACUGUUGAUCCUGGCGCAUUGGUUAACAUUGAUGAUCGGGGUAGAACAGUGGUGGAGCAGUGGAAGAUGCAAGAGCGAGUGUAUAGCCAUCACGACAUUCCUGAUGCAUGACCAAGAUGAAAGGGUCAGAGCCUUGCUGCGGUUUCCAGCAGAGACUGUGGGCAUUGAUCCAACCACACUAGAGUUAUUUGACGGAUGA